CACACCACCGACAAAAGGCAAAAAGGCAGCUGUAAAAGGGAAACGAGGAGGAGGAAAGCGGAGGAGUCAACGCGAAUAGUUGCAGGCGCGUCCAAAUGCUUAUUGAAAUUUACGAUUAUGCUGCGAAAUUAUUAAACAAUAUGACCGCAACCACAGCAACAAUCAUUAAUAAUCUGACUGCCCAUAAGGGAGUCGACAACAACAACGACGACGACGACGGCGAGAACAACGAGGAGGUGCCCGAGGAGGAGCAGAACCAGGAGGAGGAGGAGAAGGGGGAACGUGUGGAGGAUGUGGCAAAUCCCAGGCGUGCCACAAAUCUAACGUCCAAAUUGCUGCAGGUGACCACGGGAAAUAUGAAAGCAUUGCUCAACCACACGCUGGCAACAAUGGCCGGCGAACAUGGUUUCGCAUUGCCCACGUUGUUGUUGCAUGGUCAGCGCAUUAAGCCAGCAACUGGCAACAGCAGCAACAGUAACAACUAUAGCAACAACAGCAGCAACUUCAGCAACAGCAGCAGCAUCAGCAGCAGUAGCAACAACGAUAGUCACAUUAGCCAUUUGAGUGGCAACAACAGCAGCAGCAACAGCAGCUACAACAGCAGCAGCAGCAGCUUGGAGCACGAGAGCAACAGCAUGUAUAAUGUGGGCCAUCUUGGCCAACUGGGCAACCUCAGCCAGCUGAGUAAUCUGAGUCAACUUGGUUUCAUUGAAUCCACAACGACGUCCUCGACAACAACAACGGCUGCGGCGGCGGCGGCAGCCAUCACACAUUUGCCACAUGGUGCGGCAAGCACAUUUCCAGCACAGACGAUGGCCACCUUCAUUGCGGCCGGCAACAAGAAUCGACCCAUUCUCUAUCCAACGGUUUCACCCGAAUCGAUUGUCAUACCAAUUGUUUCGUGCAUCUUUGGCUUUCCCAUUCUGGCCCUGAUCGUCAUCUGCUGCCUGCGUCGUCGGGCCAAAUUGGCGAGGGAGCGAGACAGACGACGCAACUAUGAUAUGCAGGACCAUGCUGUCAGCCUGGUCAGAUUUAGUCCAAUUCAUAGGCUUAAUUACCGAUCGUCGCGAGCUAUCAGUCUACGUCCUGAACGAAGCCUAAGUCAGGGCUUUACAUCGCUGGAGCUGGACACGGUGCUGGAGGAGCGCUGCAGCGAUGUGGAGCAAACGCAGACCGAAAUCCUAAAUGCCGAAUCGCCCAUGGACACCAAUUCCUCCUACAAGAUGUCCUUCUCCUCAAGCUAA